AUGUCAUCGUUUAAAUUACUUGGUGUUGUAAACAAUAGAACAUGGGGGCCUGACAUAAAAAAUGAGGAGCUAGUGAACUCCUGUAUGGAGGAUAUAAAAAAGUAUCAAUUUGAGCCCUCUAUGAAAUUUGAAAAGAUCGGUAAAAUAUGUGAUUUUACAGCCACUAGCUAUCAAAAGAGUAUAAAAGAUAUAAAUAAAAUAUCAGGAGAAGGUGAUAAUGCAUUUGAAGAAGAGCUACAAUUUCAAACUGUUGAUUUAAGAACAGGACAAAAACCCAAAGGUACUUUAUUUAAUAAAAAGAAAAUAAUAAAUAAACAAACAACCCAAGCAUUUGCUCAAAAACAACAAGAUGAAGAUAAUUUAUAUAGUAGUAGAAUUAAAACAGCUGAACAGAAAAAACAAAAGAUGUUACAACAAGCUAAAACAGCUAGAUUAAAUGCUCGUCAUAGAAUAUUUACAGAAUGGAGUAAUGAACCAACUCCUUCAUGGACAGUAGAUUGUGAAAUUAUGUUUAAUGAGUUACCUAAAAAGUCAAUUAAAAUUGAUCAUUUGAAAAUUGAAGAUAUAUUUUUCCGAGGAAAAGUAUUAUAUUAUGAUAAAAGGUUUGAAAAUAUUAAUGUUAAAAAUCCACCUUUCCUUGCUCAUUUAAAUAAAGAUGCAAAUAUAUUAGUUUGUAAACCUAGUGAUGAUCAAGCAUUAAUGGAAAUUUUAGAUAGUGAAGAAAAAAAUUCAAAUGGAUUAAUUAUUGUAUCUACCGAUCAAAUAUUAUCUUGCCUUAUGUCUUGUGUACAUUCUAAAUAUUCUUGGCAUUUAAUAAUUAAAAAAAAAGGAAAUAGAAUUAUUAUAGAUAAAGAUGAUGAUUCUAUUAUUGAUUUAUUAACAGUAAAUGAAAAUUCAUUAGAUGCACCAACUCAAGAUAGUGAAAAUAAAAUAAACUCAUUACAAGCCUUAGGUUUAGAAGCAGUUAAAAUUAAUGAACGAUUUAAAAAUCAUGUUCAAUUAAAUAAUCAAAUAGCUGAAGAAUAUGAUAAUACAUCAUUUAAUUCAAAACAUUGUAACAAUAAUUCUAAUAUUCUCUAUAGAUAUAGAAAAAUUAAUCUCCCUCCAGUAAUCCAUGGAUCAUCUAAAACAAGUUGUACCAUCAUCACAAGGGGAGAAAUACAUUCAAAAAUAAAAGGAUCAAAUAAUUCAUAUGUUUAUAUAUGUUCAUUAAAUGAGUAUGAUAUUAAAAGCCAUAAAAAUUGGAGAUCUCAAAUAGAAAAUCAAAAGGGUGCAUUAUUAGCUAACGAAAUACGUAAUAAUACAUAUAAACUUCAUAAAUUUAUAUGUCAAGCUUUAUUAAGUGGUUGUGAUGACAUUAAAUUAGGUUUUAUAUCCAGAAAAAAUGCUAAUGAUUAUGAAAACCAUAAUAUAUUAUCUAUCCAAUCUCAUAAAACAAAAGAUUUGUCAACACAAAUUGGAUUAAAAUAUGAAAAUAUAUGGGGUAUACUCAAAUAUAUUAUUGACAACAUUUCAGACAGACCAGAUGGUAAAUAUGUUAUUCUCAAAGACCCAUUAAAAUCUUUGUUACGUUUAUAUUGUACACAUGAAGAUGAUUAA